UUACCCUCUUUUUUUAACCUAGAUUUUUUUCUCAUAAUAAAUCAUACGUAACGUAUCCACUGAUCUAGCUAAGCAUUAAACACUAAAUUUCCAAUUCACUCAAUAUCUUCCCUUCUCUCACACAACUUUCUUUUUCCAAGAAUCUCUCUCUUUCUCUUUUUCUCUAUUAGACAACACAACAAGACACUCGAAGAUCUCUCUCUCUCCAACGAUGAAGAUCAACCGGAACCGUCCGAUCAAUAUACUCAUCGUUUUCUUCCUUCUAGCGACCGCAAGAGCAACAAGAAACUGGACUAACCGAACCCACCGAACCGUCCCUAGGGUUCAACACGCGUACUACGCAUAUCCUCACCGUUCAUGCGAAUCUUUCUCUCGUCCAUACGCACGCUCUAUGUGCAUUGAGCUUGAAAGAAUCCACAGAAGCAGUCGACAACCGUUGUUCUCUCCUCCGCCUCCUUCGUCGGAGAUUGAUCAAAGAGUAUCGGCGAAAGUGGAAGUAAAACAGUAUGCACAAGACAUGAAGAAGCCAAAGAGAGUGAUGGAGAAGCUGUACCAAGAUGAGAAAACUCAGCCUAAGGUUCUAGGAGGACCAGCUGGAUUCUACGAUGAGAGAUGGUUUAACGAGUUUCUUCUUCACUCUGGUUUCUAGGUAGCUCUUUCUGUCUUAGAUUUUGUUAGGUUGUUAUGGUGGUUUCGUUAUGAAGAGAAGAUUAAAUUUUAAAUGAUGAUAAAAGGACAAUCGUUCCUUACUGUAGCAAAUUUUCUCUCUCUCGAAAGUUCUUCUUUUUUCCCAGAUCUAGGUUCUUGUUAGGCAUUGAUCUUCAGUAAAGGUCCUGAGAAUUU